AUGGACGAUAAAGGAGUGUGUACCAGAAUCGAAACUGCUAUCGCGUCGAGGGACGGUGGCGAGGGACAACAGUCAAGUAGACACCCCACGAGCUCCGCAAGCCGUCUUGCCAGGAUCUCAAAAUGCCACUCUCGACGGACGGGAGGAAUCGAGUACCCUGCCCGGCAGUAUAAGAGAGAAACUGGCUCACUUGAGGGAAAGUUACUUCAAGCGCGUCAGCUCUCCAAGCCUCGCGACUGCAUGCGGCUUCUUAUUGAAGAUCCUCAGAUGCUGAGGCCAGCAGACUUUGAUUUUUCGCAGAAUUGA